AUGGCCCCACCACCACCACCACCACCACCACCAAUGUCCGGCAAGGACUCUUCACAAGAUGUCACAUCUCACACGGAGGGCUUGAUCCAGCCGCAAGAUAUUGCAGAGAAUGCAAUUGCGCGAGAUCUCCAAGAGGAAGAAGGAUCUGAACAAGUCAUUGCAGAUGACAAUUCUUCUUCAAGUUCAGAUACCGUUCGGCAGUAUGACAUGAUCAACUCUUACCGCCGCCCCUCAUACGUCAACGCAGGCGCACGCCCAACGGCAAUAAUGUCUACCAGCGUGCCCGAGCGGGGCCACCAAUCUACGUCAUGGAAGAAGCACAGUCACCUAUCAAGGAAAGAGAAGGAUACCGUCCGCGAUGAGGAACGGAGUUUACUCCGAGACAACCACAUAAUCCCGCCGAAACAUCCCCGAGCCGGACGGGAAGGCCCAUUUGAUCGCGUACGAACCAAGCUUUCAAUACCAGGGCUACGCAGAGUGAAAAGCACAUCGGACGAAGAAAGUGCCAUCGGGACGCCAGACGAGCGAACAGCCCUGCUGGGGGCAUCCAGAGGCGAUCCCAGCCAACCAUACGGCGGCUUGGAUACCCCCAAGACCAUCCACAGGACGUGGAAUGAAGCCGUAGCCGCUGGCAAAAUCAACACAACAUGGCAGCGAGAAACCAAAGUUCUAGCCAAGAGCUCUGCGCCUAUGAUUCUGACUUUCCUACUGCAAUACAGUCUACCAGUUGCUAGUAUCUUCACCGUCGGACACAUCGGCAAGACUGAACUCGGAGCGGUGAGUCUGGCCAGCAUGACUGCUUCAAUCACGGGCUAUGCGAUAUAUCAAGGCUUAGCCACUUCACUCGAUACACUGUGCGCCCAAGCCUACGGGUCCGGCCGUCCGCACCUCGUGGGCUUACAACUCCAACGUGCGCUAUGCUUCUUGAUGGUCGUCACAAUCCCCAUCUCACUCGUCUGGGCUUUCGGCGAACAAAUCCUGUCGCAUCUCGGUCCGGAGAAGGAGACAGCUCGCCUCGCCGGUCUGUACCUCAAGGUGCUCAUCGCGGGUGCACCUGGCUACGCAGCGUUUGAGUGUGGAAAGCGGUACGUCCAAGCGCAAGGCAUCUUCAGCGCAACCAUGUACAUUCUCCUCAUCUGUGCGCCACUCAACGCCUUCCUGAACUGGUUUAUGGUGUGGCACCUAGGCUGGGGAUUCAUCGGCGCCCCGAUUGCCGUGUCCGUGACUGAGAAUAUUCUCCCGCUCCUCCUCUUCCUCUACAUCCGCUACGUCGACGGCUACCAGUGCUGGGGCGGCUUCGACAAGCGCGCGCUGAGGAAUUGGAUGCCGAUGAUUAAACUCGCACUUCCGGGACUCAUCAUGGUACUAGCGGAGUUCCUAGCCUUUGAGAUACUCACUUUAAGCUCAAGCUGGUUGGGCCCAACUGCUCUCGCCGCACAAAGCGUACUCGGUACCGUUGCUGGUAUAACGUUCCAGAUCCCGUUCCCCAUCAGUGUCGCUGUCUCCACACGUGUGGCUAAUCUCAUCGGCGCUACACUUUCUGUUCCGGCGAAGACGGCGGCUAAAGUCUCCAUCUUCGCUGCUGUCCUCGUUGGUACUUUUAACUUUUCCAUGCUGUAUCUUUUCCGCCAAUCUAUUCCCCGCCUCUUCACUCCCAACGAGGAAGUCAUCGAAAUGGUGGCUACGCUACUGCCGCUCUGCGCUGCCUUCCAAGUUGUCGACGCUGUUGCUGCUUGCUGCAAUGGUAUACUGCGUGGACUUGGUCGACAGGAAAUCGGCGGUUACGUCGCUUUGUUCGCUUACUAUCUUGUUGCUCUUCCCAUCAGCUUCUUCACUGGGUUUGGGUCGCCGCAUUGGGGUUUGUGGGGUCUUUGGAGUGGACCGGCUUUUGCGUUGUGUAUUGUUGCGGCUAUUGAGGGUGUUUUUAUUUGGCGGACGAAUUGGGAUCAGGCGGUUGAGGCGGCUAAGCUGCGGAAUGCGGCAAGUUAG